CAUUGUCAAUGUCAAUUUUAUUGCACUUGAAAAGGUUUGUGGUUGUGGACUGUGGAGUUGCAUUUAUUUAAUUUUAUUAUUGUUUCAACUUUCAAAUUAAACAGGACAACAGAAUAUUUAAUAAGCAGUAUUCAAGUUGUGACUUUGCGUAACAGACCGCAACAUCUUGUCGUAUAUUUAUCAUAUAAAAUGUCUGACGCAAUCGACGAAUAUUUCGAUGCCGCCUUGGAGCUCGUGAAAAGCGCCGGAAACCUUAUAACUGAGUUCACAACUGGCUGCAAGGAGUACAAACUGAAGUCUUCCGAUAUUGAUUUAGUUACGGAAAUAGAUAAAAAGGUGGAGGACACAUUGAUCAGUGGGUUAUCGACAAGGUUUCCUUCACACAAGUUUAUCGGCGAAGAAUCAGUAGCUGACGGCGCAAAAUGUGUUCUAACCGACGACCCAACGUGGAUUAUCGACCCUAUAGACGGCACACUCAACUUCAUCCACGGCUACCCAAGCAGCUGUAUAUCUCUCGGAUUGACGAUCAACAAAGAGGCGGUCGCAGGUAUAAUAUACAAUCCUAUCGUUAACCAACUGUUUACGGCUAAACAAGGUCAAGGAGCUUUCCUAAAUGGGCAGCCCAUACAUGUAUCGCAAGUUAAAGACAUGCGUAAUGCUAUUAUAUCAUUUGAAGCUGGGACUAGUAGGGACAAGGACAAACAACAUGCUGUAUUAGAAAAUUUCAAGUUGAUUGUUAUUAAAGGGCAGGGUGUGAGGACUGUUGGGUCUGCUGCCUUGAACAUGGCAAUGGUAGCAUUAGGGGGUGCUGAUGCCUAUUUUGAAUUUGGAAUCCACGCUUGGGAUAUUGCAGCAGGGGAUAUAAUUGUUAGAGAAGCGGGAGGGGUGUGUAUUGAUCCAGCAGGCGGGGCCUUUGAUAUACUUUCUCGGCGGGUACUCUGUGCUAGUAGUAUGGAACUGGCUCAGGAGAUGUCUACCGUGUUACAUCAAUAUUACCCUGAGAGAGAUUAAUUUAUGGAAUAAUUUAUACCUAUUUAUGCAAGACUGUAAUUACUUAAAUGUUUACAACAGUAAGCCUAGGAUGCCUCAAAAACAUAUCACAUGACAAAAAAGACAUGUUCCAAUAGUGACUGUAAUAGUUGAGAUGCUCUAUUUUAUUCUAAGAUAAUGAAAGAGAAAUAUUAUCACACGUUGACAUUUGUCUAUCUCUCGCCUCAAGAUAAUAAGUUGUGGUGCACAUCUUAGGCUACUGGUGUUUAAAAAAUUUCUUUUUGAAAGUUGAUUGCACAUUGGUUAAUGUUUCAAAGAAACUAAUUCAAGUGAAUAAGAUUUUAUGAAUUAAUGUCCUGUUUCCUAAUUUUAACAAGUGAUUACAGCAUUUGAUUUUUAUUUAUUGUAUAAGAUAAUAAGCUGUAUUUGUCAGCGUCAUUGUGUGCCAUCUUCAAACCAUAGUUUGGUGUGUGAAGCCUCAAUAUGUGAGAAGCCUUCCUAUUUUUAGCUGUGGUUAGCUUAGCCUAGUGUAUUCUGUUUUAUCAUUCAACCAUUGUUAUCUUUGAUGGCCAGGAGCUCUUUUGCCCCAUAUUUUCCAUUGCAAUAUUAUUUUCGGAUUAGAAUAUUGGGCUCCUCUCUGCCCAAAGAAGUCUUUCGUCACAUAAUGGUGGAUAUGAGUAUUAUGUCUUGGACUAUCAUAUUUGUAUAUUUCUGUUUUUGUCCAUAAUUAUCUAUAGUUUUAUCUAUUUAUGAUUGCUGAAUAAGGAUCUAUCUAUACAGUAGUGAUCAGUGUGCAAUCAGCUUGAACUUUAACAUGACAUGCAAACUAAUGACUUCAAGUUAUUUUUUUUAUUAUAGUUCACACUCUCUGUUUGUUUCUAUAGUCUGAGAAACUGGAUAGAUAUACUAUGAUCUGUCAUUACCAGUGUUGUGUUUAGAAUUAGAUAAAUUUUCCAUUUUAUUUAGUAAUAAUACUAUUUUAAUUAAUUAAUUGUUGUACUUAAUUGAAUUAUUACAUUGUUUUUAAAUUAUAUAUACAACAUGUUACCAAAAAAUAUUUGUAUCAAUCAAGGAAUAAUAUUCAAAAUAUUAUGAUGCCAAAAUGAAUUUGAGUAAAUAAAGUUCUAAUUUAUUUAUUUAAGGUGCUACAUACUUUCAGUAUGUUAGAAUCUCUGUUUUUUAUUUUAGUUUAAACUAGUCAUAUUAGGUUUUAUUAUACAUAGAACAAAUUACUAUAUACACAUUUUAUUUAACACAAUAAAUGGUUAAACAGGAAAUAAAACCAAGUGAUGUUUCACAAAAAUAUAUUAACUUAAAUUUAUCUAUUUACUUUAAUUUUAAAAUAAUUAAGUUGUCAUGUAUUUGUAAGGUAUGUUUAUAACCAACCAUAUGAGGAUAAUAACUAAAGUUGUAGGUACUUAAAUGUGUACCUAAAUAAAUGUUGUACACAGAA